AUGGACUACAACCCAUGGCUCCAUAAAACCCAGACACAUCCUGGACGAAUCCAAACCGGCGAACCACCCCCAAAUCGCAAUCACCACCACCCGCCGCCGACGAUGCCUCCGGCGUCCUCCGUCGUGACCACGGCCUCGUCGGCCUCCUCCUCCGACAUCAGCCUCCCCUCCUCGCCCUCCCCGUCUCCACAACAUUCCCCCGACCCCUACGCCUUCUCCUCCCUGGACGAGAUCAACGCCGCCCCGCCGGCCAAGAAGAAGAAGCCACGGAACUGGAGCGGCACCCCGGGGUCGGCUCGAGCCUGGCCGACCACCGACGAGGCGGUCCUCCUCGAGGCCGUGGCCGCCUACAAGGAGCAGCACGGGCGGCUCCCCAGCCGCGCCGACCUCCCCGCGGCCCUCGCCGGCCGCCUCCCGCACAUCAGCGCCGAGCAGGCCGGCAAACGCCUCAACUCUCUGCGCAAGCGGUACGACGACUCCGUCAGGCGGCUCAGGCGCGGCACCGUCCCCGUCACCGACGACGACGUCCGGGUCUUCCGCCUCUCCAAGCGCAUCUGGGAGGGCGUGCCCAAGCGGCAGCACAGGCGGCCCCGCGCGGCGCCGCACCACGAGAGGCGGCCGUUCGCGGAGCUCCAGGAGAUGUACCCGUGCCUGGCCGCCGAGGUGGAGGCGAUCGACGCCAGGUGCGGGAUGCCCGGGUUCAUGAGGACGGCGUUCGAGCGGAUCGGGGACGAGCAGGCGGCGGAGCUCGAGGCCAAGGUGAAGAGGCAGCGGCUGGCGCAGCUCAAGGCCGACGUCCGGCGGGCCGAGCUCAAGAGCUUGGUCCUCAGGACCAUCAUCGCUGAAAUGGAGUGA